AUGCUCCGCGGCCUAGUAGGCACUACGGUGACCACAUAUGACCUUGUCUCAGACGGCGCAUCACCUGAAACUACCUUCCGGACGUGGGUCAUCACGGAGAAACUCGUGGAGAGGGCAGCUCCUCUGACAGAGCACGAUGUCAGAAUGGGCCGCGGGUCUCCUAAAACCGUUGGCAAGUUUCUGUGCCAUCUUGCAGACGAUCCGAAGCAGAUAGCGUUCAUGCGAAUCUACCAACAGAUUCCUAUCACUGGAACGGAGGACGCUGAUAACGACACACUGGCUAGGCAGGCCGUCCCCCCUGGCGUGUGUGGUGAGCUGGAGGCCUUUAAACUAUUGCAGAGAGGAGGCUGUAGCGCUGUUCCUCGGUUCCUUGGCCACGCGGAAGGAAUACAAGGAGAGCACGACCUCCUUCCUGGCGGCUACGUUAGAUACCUUGUGUGGGAAAAGGUCCCUGGUGAGCCUCUGACGGAGGAAUUCUUCUGGGGCUUGGAUGACACCGCACGCAAUGACAUCCGUUGCAAGUUCCGUGCCGCCUAUAAUCGCAUUUCGGGUUUCCGAAGGGGAUGGCCAGUUAUCGAACUACCUGAAUGGUCAGAGGCUCGUUACGUCGAGUAUGGACUAGCGAAGCCGAGCAAAGAGACAGACUGGUACCUUCACCCGGAAAAAUGGGAGUGGUGA